AUGUCCACCCGCCCUCUCCUCACACCCAUCGACCCCUCCUCCAUGCCCGCUCGCUCCCCCUCCCCUUCCUCCUCAUCCUCCUCUUCCUCAGCUGGAUCAGGCGACGACUCGGCUCCUGCGACACCUUCAAAGGACAAGAUGCGCGAGUGGACCUUCCCCCGAAACGGUGGGGUCGCUUCGACUUCCUCUUCCUCGACGGGCGGAGCGAGGAACGAGGUGGAUGGCAUCCAUGGACGGAGUUCGUCCGUCGCUCCUUCCUCAGCAGGCGGGCACGCCAGCAAUGGCCGGAUCCAGAGCCCGUCGUCCGCCAAAGGAGGCGAAGGAGCAGCCUCCCUCGACCUUCGACACCGCUCAAACGCCUCACUCGCCUUCGCCCCUUCGUCCUCGCUCUCUCCUCCAAGCACAACCCUCUCACUCCCCCGCCUCCUCUCUUCCUCCCCCUCCUCGAACUCCUCGCCGAAUCGGAACCCGAAUCUAGCGAAGUUGGUAUACUCCAACAUCCGCCGCCGCUCAGCACACGACCUCCUCUUCAUCCUCAUCUUCGGCGGAGCGUUCUUGUUGUUCGCGAGGGCGUUGGCAGGGGCUGGGUACGACGCGACCCGAGAGAAGUCGCUGGCGGUGGGAGAGGGAGCGGAGGUGAAGCUCCCUCCGGGUUUCUUGCCCCACGAGCAGGGGGAGUAUCUGGAGGAAGUACACCAACGACAUGGAGACUCGAGCCACGACGUAGGGGAAGAUUUGUUGCGCGACUCGCCGGAGGAUGUGCAUCUUGAGGAGGCGCACGCGCAUGAUGCGGACGAGGUUUACGCCUAUCCUCCCUCGGAUCCUCCCGCCGACGCGGACGAGGACGAGCCGCUCGCCGCCGCCGAUGACGGUCCUUCCUCUCCUUCUUCCUCCGACGACGGCGAGCGAGAGUCUGAGGAGGACGGACCGCAAAUCGUUAGGCUUUCUUCUACCUCCUCCGACGAGGCCGACGACUCGCUCGAGGAAAAUGAUCUACUCGAUACCGAGCCACACAACGACGCGGCCGAGGACGAGGACGAGGACGACUCGCCGGCCAUUUCUCGCGAAGAAGCAGAACGCGAAGAUCCCGAAGCGUUGGACGAAGACGCCGAGGUCGACAUCGAACCGACUUUCGACCCACCCUCUCCCUCCUCUCUCGACUCGGAACCUGAAGAGCCGGAGGAACUAACAGCCCUCGAAGAACUGCUCGACUCGGCUUCACUCGAAGCGGAGACGGGCGAACCGUCGUUGCUUGAGUUGCCGCUCGAGGAGGAGGAGAAGAGGGUGAGGGGUUUAGAGCGGGCUGGGAGGGGGAGGGAGGCGCUGCGUGCUGGUGGAGGGAAGAAGGGAGGGAGGGGGAAGGCGAGGGGAGGGAGGAGGAUGGAGAGGAGGGUGAGGAGGUAG